AUCCCUGGCCAGCCAAACAGCAACGACCUAAAGGAAAACAUCUCUACCCAGCCGAUAUACCCUCUUGUGUUCUAUCACAAUCCUUUCCACCCAGAAACAAAAAUCCUUUCACAAUCAUCUUCCUCCUCCGAAACAGACCCGCAUAAACUGAAAACUUCAUGCCAAAUAAACAAUGAAAAACUUGAAAUUGGUUCAAAGAAAAGGCAGACUCGCAAAGGGCAAGGAGAGACGGUCUCAUUGGGAGAAGAUUCUUGUAGCAAAAGAAGCAAGAAACAUCAGAUACAUCAAAUACUUUCGGACUCUGAGGAAAUGGAAAGGACCCCGAUUGCAAAGUUCUUCCAGUAUGCAAAAGGAAAAAAUCGCAGCAUCUUGGAAAAGCAAACAAAAAAGUCAAGAUUUUCUCCAUAUCAAAGGGAGUCACGACAUUUGGUUUUCUGUUUUUGGUUCGAUGUUGUCUCUUGGAGGAGUGAUAGGUGCAUUAGUAAAUGCAAGGAUAGCUGAUACAUAUGGGAGGAGGGUUGCAAUGUGGUUUUCUGGAAUAUUCAGCUUGGUAGGUUGGAUGGCCAUAGCAUUUGCCAAGAAUGCUUUGUGGUUGGAUCUUGGAAGACUGUUACUGGGGUUUGCCAUAGGGAUCUAUUUCUAUGUGGUACCUGUAUACAUUGCAGAAAUAACCCCUAAAAAUCUUAGGGGAGGAUUUACAUCAGCUACUGAGUUGAUUACAUGUUUCGGCUUUUCACUGAUGUAUUUCCUUGGAAAUGUCAUUAACUGGCGUAUCUUGGCUGUAAUUGGUGCUAUUCCAUGUUUAGUACAGUUAGUGGGAUUGAUCUUCCUUCCAGAGUCCCCUAGAUGGCUGGCAAAAGUUGGUAGAGAUCUUGAAGCAGAUCUGCAGAAACUAAGGGGGAAAGAUGCUGAUAUCUCCCAAGAAGCUGCUGACAUCAGAGAUUAUACAGAAACCAUUCAACAGCACUCAAAAACUAGAAUUCUAGAGUUGUUCCAGCGGAAAUAUGCUCAUUCACUCGUGGUUGGAGUUGGGUUGUUGCUGCUACAACCAUUAGGAGGGACCAGCGCCUUCGGUUAUUAUACAAGCUCUAUAUUUGCAGAAGCUGGCUUUUCAACUAGUAUCGGGACUAUGUCAGUGGCUAUUGUCCAGAUUCCAGCUGCUGCAAUGGGUGUAAUAUUGGUAGAUAAAUCAGGACGACGACCCCUUCUCAUGAUAUCUGCUGCUGGCAUGUGCUUGGGUUCCUUCCUCAUAGGGUUGUCAUUCUGCUUUCAGAACCUCUCCCGGUUGAAGGAGCUAACUCCCAUCUUGGUGCUAGUUGGGAUUGUGGGUUAUAGUAUGUCUUACGUAAUUGGCAUGGGGGGAUUACCAUGGGUUAUAGUGUCAGAGAUAUUCCCUAUAAACGUCAAGGGUUCGGCUGGAAGCCUUGUGAGUUUAGUGAAAUGGUCCGGUUCUUGGAUUGUUACCUACAGUUUCAAUUUCAUGAUUGAAUGGAGUACAGCAGGAACAUUUUUCUUAUUCUCCGGUGUUUGUGGUUUUACUGUUCUGUUCAUUGCAAAACUGGUACCAGAGACAAAGGGGCGAGCUUUGGAAGAGAUACAAAACAUUGAAUUCUAGAGAAAGUUAAAAAGAUCUAUCUGUUCUUAAUUUUGCUUUGGAAAAUGCUUGGGGGACGGAUAAACUUGCCCCCAAAUAGACCCAUACUUAUUUUGUUUUUGUUUUUUAAUAGUUAAAGAAGUGAUUGUUAGUGAA